AUGAUGCUCAAGAACAUGGUGCACCGCAAGUUGCAGAACGAGAAGUACGACGAGCGCAAGGAGUUCCCCACCCUCGAGAGCAUCGCCACCACCGAGGUGGGCCGCCACUUCGAGAAGUUCGCCACGCUCGAGGGGCUCGACGAGCGGCUGCACGCGGGCAUCCGCAAGAAGAUCAUCGAGAACGCCAUCGAGCUGACCAUCAAGGAGGGGGCGGACAUCCACUCGGUGAACACCACCGCCCGCAGCAUCCACCUGGAGGAGUACUGGAAGAAGGCCUGCGAGUACCGCUGGAGCAAGGAGCACCGCGCCAAGACCCUGGCCAUCGAGAAUAACGGCCUCUCUUGGAAGGUGGCCUACCUCGAGCGGCACGUCACCGAGCUCAUCGAGAAGAUCGCCAACUUCGAGGAGUUCUACCAGAAGAAGGAGGUGAUCCACACUCUGCACAUCGUCUCCUCCUGGAUCUUUUCGCUGGACCUGGCCGUUGUACCCCAGAACUUCGACCUCCGCAUCGUGUUCGAGAACCUGCCCCUCCUGCGGGAGGUCACCCUCAAGUACUCGGAGGGGCCCAUGACCGAGAAGCGCCGGGACAGCGUGGGCAUGAAGCUGGCGGAGGCGGCCAACCUGGGCGAGUCGGUCAAGAACUCGUACAGCCUGGUGCAGCUGAACGUGUCGGGCAACGAGAUUGACGACGACCUGUUCAAGUUCAUAAUGGCGGGAGUGGCCUGCAACAUCUCGCUGCUGGAGCUGAACCUGUCGCACAACCGGGUGGGGGACCACGGUGCCAAGCGGCUGGCCAAGUUCCUGAUCCGGAACGAGAUCCUGGUGGUGCUGAACCUGACCAACAACUGCAUCGGCUACGACGGCUCGCGCUACCUCUCCCAGGCCCUCAAGAUCAACAAGACCCUCGAGGAGCUGCACCUGAAGCUCAACAAGUUCGACGACAAAGCGGGCUCGAAGUUCUUCAAGGACCUGUCCCUCAACACGGGGCUGCUGAUGGUCGACCUGUCGGCCAACUCGCUGGGGCACCUCUCGGCCCGCAAGAUCGCGGAGCUGAUCCAGACGGGGACGGGGCUGCGGCAGAUCCUGCUGGGGAGCAACGACUUCAGCCACGACUCGCUGGUGAUCAUCAAGGGGUCGAUCCCCGAGCCCCGGGGCUGCGAGCACUUCGAGGCCAGCAAGUUCAGCGAGAUCAGACUCUGA